AUGCGCAUUGCACUAAUAAUUUUAUUAUUGACGAUUAAAGCGUUGACAUUUGAACUUAACGUGACCAAGCGGAUUCCCAAAGGACUUAUAUACAACGGCGAAAGUUAUAAUGUAGAGGACUAUCCGUACGUAGUUUCUAUUAGAAUAUCGUUUGCUCGUUACAACUCUCCUCAGGUGACUUGUGCAGGUUCGCUGAUACACGAAUUGUUGGUAUUGACUACUGCUCACAGUGUUUACGAAAUAGACGAAUACUAUAUCAAAGUAUAUCAAGGCUCAUGGCUCUACAAUAGUUUAUCACGUAGGGUAGUUAAAAAGUUCGUACACGAAGACUAUGAUCCUGAUAAUAAUGAAGUUUUUAUAAGUGGAGAUGUUAGUGUAUUGAAAAUAAAUAAACCGUUUCCGACAGUAAAGAAAUAUAUAAAUAUAGGUGGCUUUCCUGAUGAUUUCGCUGAUGAAAAGGUCCUUGAUUGUAUAAUUAUUGGGUUUGGUUUUAUUAAUGAGUAUACUCAGGGCACUGAAGGAUUCAUGAGUCGAGUUAAGGUCAAACAUGGGGAAAAAGCAUGCCGAGGAUACAACAGUGAAGCUAUAAAAUACACAUGGCAACAAUAUUUGUGUACGAUACAAGGACAGAAUGCGACUUGUCGAGGAGACAACGGUGGUCCGAUGAUUUGCAACGGCCAGCUAUAUGGAGUAUACAGUUUUGCAUUAAAUUAUAAUGGUGAAAAGGAGAAAGAAUUAUGUGGCAAUGCAAAUCUACAGACUGUCCACAUGUUCGUCUCCUACUUUAGAAAUUGGAUAAAUGAUAUUAUACAAUCGGAAUUCGUUUCAACGAAAAAACCAGACACUAAGAAGAAAAAACCAAAAAUUAAGCAGAGGAAAAGUGCUGGGGAAUUAAUUAAACCACAUAUUAUACUAUGUAUGAUUUCAGCAUCAUUAUUUUAUGAUAUUGUUCUUUAA